AUGUCCCUUUUGAAUCGUUCCAUUGUUUUCCUGUCUUCAAAGGCUUGUGCUAACCGAUACACAAAUGUGGCUGGUUUUGCUCGCUUGAAUCGUUGGUCCUCUUCCGUUGUGAUGGCCAUGCAAAAGAAUGUAUCAUCAUCUUCAAAUUUCGGAGUUUUCAUGAGCAAUAACAACAAACGAGAAUUUUCUUCCAAUCAACACCAAAGAUUCCUUCCUCCGCCAACAACACCACAAGAAGAAAAACCCUCCGAUAACCCAAAGCAAGGAAAUACAACAAUCAAAGCUCUUGUAGUAAUUUUGGCUGGAGCUGCUUCAAUUCUGGUGGCAUCCAGUAUGCUUGCUGAUGAUGUAAAAGCAGAGGAACAAGCUACAGCAGAAAUCGGAAAUCCACAAAGCACAGUACGUGAAGAGGAAUCUAAAAACCGAUAUGAAAUUGAAGAUGGUAUUAACAUUUUGAGAGAAAUUCUGAAGGGAAAGGAUAAGAGCCAAUUUAGCAUUACUCUCUACCAAUAUCAAGUUUGUCCUUUCUGUUGCAAGGUGAGAGCCUUCUUGGAUUACAAUGAAAUUCCAUACAAAAUUGUAGAAGUUAAUCCAUUGUUCAAAUCAGAAAUCAAGUUUUCCAAAGAUUACAAAAAGGUACCAAUUGUGGUUGUUGAAGGACUUUUGAAUAAUCAAUUGAAUGAUUCGUCGAGAAUUAUUACACAUCUGAACGAUGUGAUUGACACAUCAGGCAAGAUGAACACUACAGAUGUUGUAAAGUGGAGAAAGUGGGUGGAUGACACAUUUGUGCAUACUCUCGCUCCAAAUAUUUACAGAUCCAACGAAGAAGCAGUUGAAGCAUUUGAAUAUAUUUCUGAACAAAACGGAUUUGGAUGGUGGCAAAAACAAGCUGUUUUGUACGGAGGGUCAUUUACAAUGUAUGCUGUUGCAAAGAGACUCAAAAAGAAAUAUGGAAUUGAUAAUGAAAGAGAAGCCAUUUAUGCAUGCGGAAGAAAAUGGGCAAAUGAAGCACUUGAUCCCUCAAAAGGUCCAUUCCAUGGAGGAAACGAACCAGAUCUUGCAGAUCUUGCUGUGUAUGGAAUUUUGAGCUCGAUCGAAGGAUUGAGAACAUUUAAUGAUUUGAGCAAGGAGGUUCCACAAAUUGGUGUUUGGUAUCAUACAAUGAAAAAUGUAGUCAAUUACCACAAGCAAAAUAAGCAAAAUAAGGUUAAUUAA